UUCCUCUUCAGCAUACACCACCAGCACACCUUCGUCUACUUCAUUCUCUUCACACUGUGAUCACAUACGUUCCCCACAGUGAGAGGUAGGACCCUCAACAUUGCUCUUAUUUCAGCCAAUCAUGGGCACUUCUGUAUGUUUCUUUGUCUCUCGUGUUUCUAUUUCAGCAUUUGCAACUUCCCUCACUGUGUGUAUUAAUUGAUUUACCUGCUUAUUAAUACAUUCAUUUCCUUUCAUUCAUUUUGUCUUUAAUAGUAUGUAGCUCUUUCUGAGGGAUAUGGAGUCCUCAGUAACUCAGUGUGUUACCAUUCCUUCAGAAACCUCAGCCACUGUGUCUGCAGUUUACACCAUGUCUGACAUAGAGGAGGAGCACGAGGAGCAAGCUGGAGAGGAACGCCCGAAAUACAAGCCAAUGCACUCUCAGCUGGGCGCGCCAAAAAUCCCAGAAGGGGAGCGAGUAGAUUUUGAUGACAUCCACAGGAAGCGGAUGGAGAAAGAUCUGCUGGAGCUGCAGACUCUGAUAGAAGUUCACUUUGACCAGAGGAAGAGGGAAGAGGAGGAACUGAUCGCUCUGAAAGAGAGAAUUGAGAAUCGCAGGGCUGAGAGGGCAGAGCAGCAGAGGGUCCGAGCAGAGAAAGAGAGAGACCGGCAGACCAGGAUUGCGGAGGAGCGUCAAAGGAAGGAGGAUGAAGAGGCGAAGAAGAGGGCCGAUGAUGAGGCUAAGAAGAAGAAAGUUCUGUCCAACAUGGGAGCACAUUUUGGAGGCUUUCUCGCUAAGGUUCAGAACAAGGCGGAGCAGAGGAGAGGAGGAAAAAGACAAACAGGCAGAGAAAUAAAAAGGAAGACUCUGGCAGAGAGACGUAAACCUCUUGCUAUUGACAACCUGAGAGAAGAUGGACUGAGGGAGCGUGCCAGAGAGAUGUGGGAAUGGAUCUACCAGCUGGAGUCAGAGAAGUUUGACCUGAUGGAGAAGAUGCGGAGGCAGAAAUAUGAGAUCAAAGUGCUUCUGAAUCGCAUCUCUCAUGCUCAGAAAUUUAAGAAAGGCACAGGAGGCAAAGGCAAAGUUGGAGGACGUUGGAAGUGAAUGCACACCAACAUAUACAACAUUGUAACACAAAACAUACAAUAUUUUAUUCCAAUUUACCUUUAAGGGUUUUUAAUGCAUGAAAUAGGUUGUAAGUGAGAGAUAUUGUGUUGCUAGCUGUACAUUAUUUACAUGAACUAUAUAUUAAAAUUCACAUUUAGCCAAAA